CAAACACAACUGUCGGCAUGUUUUCAAGUGUGGAGAUUCGUGUAAACAGUAAUAAAUUUAAACUUUAGUAUUACAAAUGAAAAGGCAGCAAAAUUAGUUUUGAAAACGAUUGACAGAUUGACCGUUUAUGUCAGAAAAUGUCGGACGAAGAGGUGGCGGAGGAGAAACCUUUCGAGGUCGAGCGCGCCAAAUCGGGCAGAGCAAAGUGUAAGAAAUGCAAGUGCCCGAUCGACAAAGAUCAGGUGCGAAUUGCCAAAUUAAUGGCCAAUCCCUUCGGUGAGGGCAAGAUGAAAGCCUGGCACCACGUGUCUUGUAUAUUCGAGGUAUUCACGAAGCAGCGCGCGACCACAAAGAGAAUCGAGAAUCCUCAGGAGGAUAUAGGUGGCUGGGACGCCCUGUGCGACGCAGAUAAAAAUCUCAUACUGGAAAAGCUUGCAGAUUUCGAAAAUGCUGAACCAUUUAAGGCGGCCAAAGCGAAAGCUACAGCAAAAUCUCCGAAAACUAAUCAAAGCAACAAAACAUCCAAAAAUGACUCAAGUGUAAAGGCGACGACAAGUACUGACGAACAAAAGCAGUCUGCCAAUGUUGACACAACUAAAAAGACAAAAUUUACAAGAGAUAACACGUUUUUGGAGUUCCAAUCGAUUUGUGACCAAGUCUCCAGCUGCAGCGCAUACUUGGAAAAAACUGCGAUCGUUAAGAAAAUGUUUACCAAAGGAUCCAGUGGAGGUAAGUGUGUUUAUCAUAUUUUUCUGUUUUGUUAAUCGUGACACUGUGGGAAAAAACCGAGUAUACUUUUAACUCGAUGACUUUUAAAUUUUUGUUGUCUAAUUUGUGUAGGUGUAGGUCAAAGCGAUGGUUUCUAAACAGAAGUAAAAAUUAAUCGGUGAUUUGAAUCUUCUAAUUUUAUUUAGCAACAUUUUAUUGAUAACAAUUUUCAAUAAUGUUCUAAAGUUUUUCGAAAUCA